GUAGUUCAUUCCCUGUGACGCAGGCGAUGGGCGGUCAACAAAGAUGGCAGCGCUCGUGUAUAACGUGCCUCGUGGAUUUGUUAUUUUCGGGGCACGUAAUUUAUUACUCAGAGGACAUAAUAACCAGCGGGUCUCGGUGAAUCCGAGGCGGUAUGUCCGAGCCCUCCGGCGGAGACCCGUGGCGGUCCUGUAUCCUGAUGGCGAACGAGAGAGAUUGAUUAAAUCAAAUGAAGCGACCCAGAAGCAGUUCACACAGAAGGACAAACACAGAGAGAAGGUCUCAGAGAGAGCCUGCAGGCAGCAGUGGAGUGGACAUGUCUCUGAAUGUGCAGAAGAGUCUCCACAGAUGAAGGACAAACUCUCUGGGCUGCGCUUCGAGAAGGCUCCUGCUGGAGACAACACACUCGCGAAGGUGGCCAGUGUCGCCCGGUCCAGAGCGUUUCGGGAUAAGGAAGGUAAGGUGCUGCUGGAGGGGAGGCGUCUGAUCUGUGACGCUCUGUCUGCUGGAGCGGCUCCUCAGAUGCUCUUCUUCAGUGCGGUGGAGCGACUGCAGGAGCUUCCUCUAGAUAAACUACAGCAGGCCAAGCUCAUCAAGGUCAGAUAUGAAGACAUGAAGACCUGGUCUGACCUGGUCACUCCUCAGGGGGUUAUAGCUAUAUUCUCUAAACCGGAUGCCUUGCGUCUGGUGUUUCCAAAAGACACGCGUCUUCAGUCGGUUCCUUUGUUUCUGUUAUGUGACAAUAUACAUGACGCUGGGAACCUAGGGACUAUUUUACGCUGCGCAGCAGCUGCUGGCUGUGAGCGCGUUCUCCUUACCAAAGGUUGUGUGGACGCCUGGGAGCCCAAGGUUCUUCGCGCAGCAAUGGGAGCUCAUUUCCGUCUUCCGGUCUUUCCUAAUUUAGACUGGGAUGAAAUUUACAAGCACUUACCAAAAGACGUGGUUGUCCAUGUAGCAGAUACCAGUAUAAAAGCUCCAGUUCCGGGACGAACAGAAAAAGGUUCUUUGGAUGACUACAGUGAAAGUGACUCUGAUGAAGAGUCCGAUGAUGAACUUUCACUGCCGUGUCUGAAGCCUCAGGUGUACUAUGAGAGUUGGGCUCAGAGGAGCACGGCACUGCUCAUUGGUGGAGAGAUGCAUGGACUGAGUCUGGAGGGUCGGCGAUUGGCUGUGGAAACAGAGGGCAAAAGGCUGUUUGUGCCCAUGGCUCCAGGAGUGGAGAGCCUGAACUCUGCAAUGGCUGCUAGUAUACUGCUGUUUGAAGGCAGACGGCAGCUUCUGCAGCUUUUGGACAAAACACGGCGAAGAACACGAUCUAAAAUCAUCAAAUGAGUGUUUUUCUUGUAACGUAUUAAAGAUGUUUCACCAGUACUGUC